GUGUCGGGUUGGUGGUGGUGGAGUGCGGACCAGUCGAGACUCCCUCGCACACGUAAGGGCAUGAAACGGAGCCGGGAGUACACGAGGCGAGUCAGUGCGCUAUCGACUGCGAUCGGAGGAGGACGACGUGCGUCGAGCCGAGUCGACGAGUCCUCCGUCGAGUGCCCGAACUGAACUUUGCCGAAGUUCCUCCAAACGUCGCCGAUGACACGGAGGAAUACGUAAUCUCCGUGGCGGUGAACGGAGUUCUGGGAUUAUAUCGAGCAACGGAUCUCUCAAUUACACGUGCCCGGACGAGCGGAUUUGUGGAUUAUACCUGUCCCGUUCAGGGAAAUACAAGUGUAUUUUGUCGUUGAGUGCGUGCGGGGGUGCGUGAAUCGACGGGGAGAGUGAGCCGGUGGUGGUCCAUGAGGGGAAGAUGAGCGACCACGUGGUGAAAAGUACGUGCGAGCUUUCAGCCUACGUGACAGCCGGCGUCAUGGCGGAUUCCGAAAGAGACAGCGCGUCCUGCAGCGGCGGCGACGAGGACAGCAGAUCGGGCCUGCACUCGCCCAGCGCGUCGGAGGACAGCGUGGAAGUGCAGGUGACGCCGAUCUCCUUGCGGAACAAGCGGAAACUGGCGGAACCGCGCAAGAUCCAAGAGCCUAGCACCGCGCCGUUGAAGAAGAGGCGAUUCCACCAGAUCGAGGAGACAGUCGUGGACGAGGAGAGCAGAUCGAUGAGCACACCGAGUCCCUUCAGACCUUGGAUUAUUCCCCACACGAGCAACGAAACGUCCAAGACGUCCACGACGACGUCGACGACGACGUCGACGACGACGAUGACGACGACGUCGAUGGAGUCCAGUACGACAACGACUACGGCGACGACCACAUCGACGACCCCGUCGACGAAUACGGAACCUGAGGUCAACGGUCAAACGCUCGCGGAAGCGGAGAGAAUAAAUUACGAAGAUGAUCAAAAUGUGGAUCAGAGGAUAUGGAGGCUACAACAGACUCUGCAAAUGCUGACACAAGACACCGCUCACAAUCAAACAGCCGUGCUAUCUCGACGAGAGUCUUGUAACAGGCUCGAGUCACCACCGCCGCCGCCGCCACCGGUACCGUCCGCGCCGCCGAUGUCCUUGAAACAUCCUAGGCUGCAGGAGGAGCCAUUAUCCUUGGUCAUGCGAGACGAAGCGCCCCGAGUGCCGUCGCACCCCGCAGUGAGCGGCAGCUACGAGAAGACGCCGUCGUACAUGAUGGAGCAUCUUCUGGCGUCGUCAUCGUCGACAUCGACAACGACGACGACGACGACGACGGCGACGGCAUCGCUCCAGUCCCAUCGCAAUCACCGAGGCCACUUGAGUUCUCCGCAAGGAGGAGAGCCUCAUCAGCGUCACCACACAGCGCCCACCGCCGUCAUCAGCAGCGCUUCCUCUUCGUCGUCGCCGUCGCACGCCUCCUCCUCGAGGCAUCAGCAUCAGAACAACGGCGGCGGCGGCGGCGGCGGCGGCGGCGGCGGCGGCGGCGGCGGAAGUGGCCAGCAGAGGAAUUACAAGAACAUGACGAGGGAAAGACGGAUAGAAGCAAACGCCCGGGAACGCACCCGGGUGCACACCAUCAGCGCAGCCUUCGACACCCUGAGACGCGCCAUACCCGCAUACUCGCACAACCAGAAGCUGUCGAAGCUGUCGGUGCUGAGAAUCGCUUGCAGCUACAUCGUCACGCUCACCAAGAUCCGUAAGACACUUGACGGUGACGCGACGAGCGGCGCUUCCCUCGCUACCUGCGUGGAUCAGGUCUCCAGGACCAUCCAGACGGAGGGUAAGCUCAGGAAGCGGAAGGACGACUGAACUGUCUCAAAGUGAGCAUCUGUUGAACAAUGUCUGUUGGAACGAUACGCGGAAACGAGAUUACGAGGUGGAGGAUAAACGACAACCUGGAGUUUGGCUCACGAGCGGACGUACAAGGAUAAUUCCCUCGAUGCAGGACGGAUUCUGUUCUCCAUGUUGUCCAUGUUCGCGCUAGUUCGUCCUUUAUUCUCGAUGUCUUUCGCUUCGACGAAGGGAAAGAGGGAAGAGAAAGGAAAGUGGCGACUAAAAUUAAUGAAGCUGUUAGCUUAAGUAAUUGACUACCGCAGCUGACGCGACGACGCUGUUGCCGAUGAAGUACACGCGCGAUUGUCUCGAGCGAUUUGGUAGUGAACGAACGGAAGGGUUCGGCCGUUUCACGAUUUCAGGGGUGCUCAUGGGUGAAUUAUGGGCGCAGUGGAAAUAUUUGCGGAAAGAGAGGAGAGGCGGGGGGUGGCAGGGCAGGCGUUCGAUGUGAAGCGAUAUAAGCGGUUUUCAUCGUUCACGUGUAAAACGUUAUGGGAUAAUUACGUGCUACGUCUACGUUAACGCGCUGUACAUAUAUACAACUGUAAAGUACGCUCUGCGGAAUUGUAAUAAGCGGACCUUUUAGAUCUUAAUAGAUUCUCAUAAGCGACGGAGAGAAGAGAAGGAGAGGGGAUUUCUGGCGGCGCCCGAUGAGGCCACCUACGUUUUCCGAUAUAGCAGCUGCGCAACCAGACAAUAAAUCUUUAGGAAGAUCUUCAUACUUAGAGCGACGGCGUUUAGUGCGGUGUAGGUAACCUCGCCUCGCUCGCUCGCGCGUUCGCUCGCUCGUUUCGCUGCAUCGCAGGAAUUACGGCGCGGCGCGCGAAUGUUUAUGCGGGGCUCGAAGAAUUCACGGUAGUGGAAGCUAGUCUGAGGCCCGGCUCAACCCUUUCAGGACGCCCGCGACGUUCGCCUCGCCCAAAAUUUGCCGAUGAAACCCCGCGACGAGACACGCGCGAAUCUUCGUUUCGCCGGGAACGCGUGGCUCGAGAUUCCACCGAGCGAUUUCUCAAUCACGAUCGCGAAUUCUUUUCCAAAUGUUCUCAAGUCUCUCCCUUCGGGACGACGGAGCGAGAAGCGAGAGCGCGACGGGAAGCGUUGCAGCUUGCCGUCGGCGUCGUGGAGGAGCUCGAGCCGACUCCGCGAGAGCCGGUCUCGCCUCUCGCAGAGGUUAAAAGCGCGAGGCACGCGAACGCGCCGCCGCAAGAGCGAAUUCGCGUCGCCCGCAGCGGCGAUUUCCAAACUACGCGGUCCGCGAGGUGCAUACUUAUCCUGACGGUCGAAAGGGAUCGGUCGAGACUGCAAUUUGUUGCACCGGUAUCGCGUUCACGCGUUUUACGAAAGCGCGCGCACGUUCGAGCGAAAAGGGACGACAAAAGCGAAGACAAUAAUAGAGUUGCUUUGCGGCUUACUUGCGCGGCGAGAAACGGAGUUGACGAAGUUACAUUACACGUAGCCUAAUGACUAAGUGAUCCGCCACUAUCGAAGCUACAAACAAACGGGAUAUCGUCUUCCCACGAGAAAGUGCGACAGUCAGAUAAGGGACACGCGUUCGGGGAGAAAAAUAUUGGGUCGUGAUAGGAGAGUGACUGGCUCUUCAGAUUGCGAGAAUAGCCGAUAAAUCGGCGAUCGAGGACAUCGAACUCAAGGUCAAUAGUUUGUUCGUUAACGGGGGAAAGGGGAAUGAUAGCAAUUUUAUCUAUCUCUGAAAUAUGUAGACUCUCCGGUUGAUAAAAUUCGCGGUGUCGGUCGCAGAAGAUUUAUCGAUCGAACGCGCCGCGAUCGCGCUGGCGGCAGGAAGGCGUUAUCCUGCAAAUCCUAAAGAAGCUUCGCCUAAAAGCUGAUCGGGGAGGGGGGGGGGGAGAAGUUAGCGUGUGUUCACAUUGUCUUUUCGCGCGGUUUCUCGCCUACGACCGCGUUGAAGCUUGUAAAUAGAUGAUAAUGAUAACGACGUUACGACGUUAGGAAUUAAGUAAUUACGUUAUAGUAAUCGGACACGUGUUAUGCGCGAGCACAUUUCUACGGCCUUACGCGGCGAUGCAUCUCGAAGAUACGACGUUCACGAGAUAACCGAGAUAUGUACCUUUCUACGCUAUAUAAGGCGACUUCAAGUAAAGAUGAAACGAACGUUCUGCAGGACGAAUUGCGUCUUUUCUUUCCGCGUCGACUUUCCCCGUCCUUCCCUUCCCUCGUUUCC